UCUCUAUAUUCGAGCAAAUUCCCAAACUUCUUUCCGAAAACAGCUCAUCGGCCUUCCAUUUCUUUGGACAUCAGGGGGAAUUCUUGAUACGACUAACUUUCGCGGAGGACUAGGUUGGUCUACUAUCAAGGUAAAGCAGAGUAGAGUAAGCUUCCUUCUUAGAACGAGGGGCGAGUACGAAUAUUAUGGAAGUAAGUUAAUAAUUACUAAAAUAAAAAGCUUUGCCCCUCCUUUAAAUUGUGUUUUGAAGAAGACCCAACCAUCUUUCAUCACUCACUCACUCUAUUAAAUCAAACCCAUCUUUCCCGCCUUAAUUAGUCUUCCUUCACUCUCCAUUUUCUUCCGAACAACAAAUUCCCUUUCUCAACCUUUGACAUCAACAAUCAUUGAAAAUCAUCAGGAUAAAUUUAAUCAACGUUUGAUUCAUUUACGAAAUCAUCUAAAGAUGUCUGAACCAACGUAAGUAUACUUCAUAAUCCUCAUAUGCAUUCUUCAAAAGAGCUAUUCCCCUCCAUCCUGUUACAGCAGAAUGAAUACCCCGCCAUCGACAGCCCUUCUUUCUUAGCAAUCAACAACACAAUAAGUAUAACUUCAUAUAUACUAAUCAUGAAAAUAGAGGAGAUUUCGGCCUCAUCGGCUUGGCUGUCAUGGGUCAAAACAUUAUCCUUAACGCUGCUGAUCAUGGUUUCAACGUUAUUGCUUUCAACCGUACUACAUCAAAGGUUGAUCGUUUCCUCGAGAAUGAGGCUAAAGGUAUGGAUAACCCUUCAUUUUUCUUUUUGGCAGACGAUGAGAAUGAAAAACCUAACUUUGAUGAUAAUCCAUAGGAAAAUCCAUCGAGGGUGCACACUCGAUUGAAGAGUUCUGUGCCAAGUUGAAGAAACCCCGUCGUAUUAUGCUUUUGGUCAUGGCUGGUAAGCCAGUCGACGACUUUAUCGAGACCAUUCUCCCACAUAUCGAGGAAGGUGAUAUCAUCAUUGAUGGUGGUAACUCACAUUUCCCUGAUACCAACCGUAGAACAAAAUACUUGGCUAGCAAGGGUAUCCGUUUCGUUGGUAGUGGUGUUUCCGGUGGUGAAGAGGGUGCCAGAUAUGGUCCAUCUUUGAUGCCUGGUGGAAACGAAGAGGCAUGGCCAUACAUUAAGGAUGUUUUCCAAAGCAUUGCUGCCAAAUCUGAUGGUGAGGCAUGCUGUGAAUGGGUUGGUGAUGAGGGUGCUGGUCACUACGUCAAGAUGGUUCACAACGGUAUUGAGUACGGUGACAUGCAACUCAUUUGUGAAGUAUGUAACUUCAAUUAUCUUCAAAGGUUCUUUACUAACUUUUAUAGGCUUAUGAUAUUAUGAAGCGUGGUCUUGGUAUGCAAGACAAGGAAAUUGGGGAUGUUUUCGCUGAAUGGAAUAAGGGUGUUCUUGAUUCAUUCUUGAUCGAAAUUACCCGCGAUAUCAUGUACUUCAAUGAUGAUGACGGAACCCCACUUCUCGAGAAGAUUAUGGAUUCCGCUGGACAAAAGGGUACCGGAAAGUGGACUGCUAUUAACGCUCUUGAUCUCGGUAUGCCAGUCACUUUGAUCGCCGAAUCCGUCCUUUCCCGUUGUCUUUCAUCCCUCAAGGAGGAACGUACUCGUGCUUCCAAGGUCCUCUCUUACGUUGGACGAUCAAACAAAUUCGAGGGUGACAAGAAACAAUUCCUUGGAGAUUUGGAGCAAGCUUUGUAUGCAUCAAAGAUUAUUUCAUACGCACAAGGUUUCAUGCUUAUGCAAGAGGUACGAUCUGACCCUAGUUCGUUUUAAUAUUCACACUAAUAAUAUUUUAGGCUGCUAAGGAAUUCAAAUGGAAGCUUAACAAGCCAUCCAUUGCUUUGAUGUGGAGAGGUGGAUGCAUUAUUAGAUCCGUUUUCCUCAAGGAUAUCACAGCUGCUUACCGUGCUGAUGAUAACUUGGAGAACUUGUUGUUCAGUGAUUUCUUCAACAAGGCUAUUCACAAGGCUCAACCAGGAUGGAGAGAUGUUGUUUCCAAGGCUGCUCUUAUGGGUAUCCCAACUCCAGCUUUCAGCACUGCUUUGUCUUGGUUCGAUGGUUACCGUACCAAGGAUCUCCCAGCCAACCUUCUCCAAGCUCAAAGAGAUUACUUUGGUGCUCACACCUUCAAGAUCAAGCCAGAGCACGCAUCUGAGAAAUACCCAGAAGGAAAGGAUAUUCACGUUAACUGGACUGGACGUGGUGGAAAUGUUUCUGCUUCUACUUACCAAGCAUAAAUUGGAUAUAUUUUUUUAUUGAUAGGUCAGGAUUCAUGCCUAAAAAUUGGCGAUAUGCGAAAUGUAUUUAGACUGAGCAUGGAAUGAAUGAAAUGAAAUGGUAUAUGAAUUAUUU